AUGGAUGUUACCACAGCUUCUCCUGUUUUACCGCAAAUGAGGAUGCCCUCUUUGAAUUCUCACGGCGUCUGCAAUGAUAACAGUUCUUCCUUGUUGUGUUUUCAGAAUAAGGUGUCUGUAAAUUCCUGCAAGCUUUCACAUGGGAGGUCGCAAAUUCGUUGUCAAUCUAAUGAAGCAACCGUCACUCCAAGUUUUGAGUACAAAUAUAGAAACAGACAGGUCAUUGGAGGCCUCUCUGUUCAAAGUCAUAGGGAGCCUGUAUGGAAAGUAUCUUGCUCUGCUGGGGUACUGACACAUCCCCGAAAUCAUAACGAGGCUCACUCGUCCACUGCAGAGGAAAAGAUUGGUGUGCUACUUUUAAAUCUUGGAGGACCGGACACGCUUAAUGAUGUUCAGCCAUUUUUGUACAAUUUGUUUGCUGAUCCUGAUAUUAUACGUCUCCCUCGGUUAUUUCGUUUCCUACAGCGUCCACUAGCACAACUCAUUUCUGUUCUCCGAGCUCCCAAGAGUAAGGAAGGUUAUGCUGCCAUUGGAGGUGGUUCACCUUUGCGUAAGAUAACAGAUGAGCAGGCAAACGCUUUGAAGGAAGCACUUGAAGGCAAAAAUGUUCCUGCAAGUGUCUACGUUGCUAUGCGUUAUUGGCAUCCAUUUACUGAAGAAGCUGUUCAUCAGAUUAAGAAAGAUGGGAUCACAAAGCUCGUAGUACUUCCACUAUAUCCUCAAUUUUCUAUCUCCACGACUGGAUCAAGCAUCCGUGUUCUUCAAAACAUGUUCAAGAAUGAUGCAAAAUUAUCAACUCUGCCCGUUGCUGUUAUUCAGUCAUGGUAUCAACGAGAAGGAUAUAUCAAGUCUAUGGCUGACUUGAUUGAGAAGGAGUUGGAAGUUUUCUCUAAUCCAAAAGAGGUGAUGAUAUUUUUCAGUGCCCAUGGAGUACCAGUUAGUUACAUUGAGAAUGCUGGCGAUCCCUAUAAAGCACAGAUGGAGGAGUGCAUAUUCUUGAUAAUGCAAGAACUGAAAGCAAGGAGAAUAAAUAAUGAUCAUACUUUGGCUUACCAGAGUCGAGUGGGGCCUGUGCAAUGGCUCAAACCCUAUACAGAUGAGACCCUCGUUGAGCUUGGUCAGAAAGGUGUGAAGUCCCUGCUGGCAAUUCCUGUUAGCUUUGUGAGUGAGCACAUAGAGACCCUCGAAGAGAUUGACAUGGAAUAUAGAGAACUUGCUCUUGAAUCCGGCAUCUCAAAUUGGGGCCGUGUUCCUGCACUGAAUUGCACCCCCUCAUUCAUCAGUGAUCUUGCGGAUGCAGUCAUUGAAGCAUUGCCUUCAGCUGUGGCUAGGUCGCCCUCAACCAGUACAUCCGAAGAAUUUGACGAUGAUCCCAUGAGAUACAUUUUCAGAUUGCUCUUCGGUUCACUAUUGGCUUUUGUUUUGCUUUUAUCUCCAAAAGCCAUAUGGGCACUUCGGAACAACGUUCUUUAA